UCAAGCACUCGUGCAUCAGAAUUAUACUAUACUUUAUACUAAAAGUAUAUUUAGAUUGACAUAUUUACGAGUAUCUUAAUGUAUCGUGAUAAUAUUUAAUAAGUGUUAACAAGUUAACUGAUCGUUCAAUAUGAGUGGAAGUGAAAAUGUAAUGAUUAAGUGUUUAUUGGUGCUAAGUGUGUUUAACACAGGAUUGUCCCUUCAAGAGAGAAUUACUGUCGAAGAUAAGCGUAAUAAAAACAACCCUAACAUGGAUAGAAGCGCUUUCUUCAUAAACAAUGCAAUGGUGUGGAAAGGAAAAAAAACCUUAAAUGGCAGGUGGUUCAACAACUGGAAAGUACUGAAAAAUGGUAAAUGGAUUUGGGGGUACGAAGACGCAAAUGGAACAGCAGCACCGCCGUUCGAUAUUUCAGAAGCCUUAAUCGACAACAAGCAGCAUAGGAAUCCCUGUGCCCCACACUAUCCACCUUUGCCUGACUUCUCCAAACCGGGACGGCGGAUCAGUGAAACAAAAUGUUUGGAAUAUGUAUGGGAAGUCAAAUUAGAAGACGAAAAGUAUAAAAGAAAUUGGUCCUGUCUAAACUUUAUUCAGAAGCAUCCCUUAUCCAAAUUUAAACCGCAGGCUGGGGUCGUUGGAGGAUAUAGAGCCGGACCCGGUGACUUCCCACAUAUGGGCGCCAUAGGAUGGUUGGCGCCUAACGGCUCGUGGAUAUUCAAAUGUGGAAGCUCUUUGAUCAGUCCCAAAUUCGUCCUGACAGCAGCACAUUGCUCUCGUGCUUCAGAUAGGGACGACACCAUUGCCGAUCCUGUUCCGAAGAUAGUCAGACUGGGAGACAAAAGUAUUUUAGAUGCGGAUCCCGAAGCUUUCCGUAUGAAACCAAUUGAAAGUAAAAUCAUUAACAUCAUUGUCCACCCGAAUUUCACGGCUCCAAAGAGAUACGAUGACAUUGCUCUAAUUGAGUUGGAAGAGCCUGUUUCAUUCAAUGAUUACGUCCGUCCUGGUUGUUUAUGGAGUCGCUUUGAUACCAGUAGCCUUGGUACUGAGGCAAAUGUGACGGGAUGGGGUGUUGUAGAAACCCUUGGGCGAACUGUUUCUACGGAACUACUUGUUGGGCACGUUGACAUCGUUGACUCAGAGAAGUGUAACAGCCUCCUAUCACCCAAUUGUAACAGAAACUGGUGUGGGAUUAGAGACACUCAGAUUUGUGCUGGAAAGAACGAUGGGGGCGUAGACGCUUGUCAGGGUGACUCCGGAGGACCUCUACAAGUGAACAUGAGUCUCCCGAUACGAGAUCAGGGCCACAUGCACUACAUCAUUGGAGUAAUAUCAUUUGGUAUCGGCUGCGCUCUUCCCGACUUACCUGGAGUGUACACUAGAGUGUCUUCCUAUCUUGACUGGAUUGAACCUAUCGUUUGGGGUAAAUAAAUAUAUAAGUGGGUA